AUGUUUUCCUGUCUCAACACUGUCAGUGGAGUAGCUGUCGGUGAAGCAACCCUUCCAAUUUGGAGGCAACACUUCAAGACCUUGCUGAACCGGCUAGCACCAUCAGCUCUUGAACUCGAACACGUUCAUAGACCGACGUAUGCAGUUAACGAGGGGCCACCGACCGAGUCGGAGGUCUUGGCCUGUACUCAAAAAAUGAAGAAUGGAAAAUCUGGUGGAGGCGACGGGAUUAGCGCAGAAAUGAUAAAAUAUGUUCCUCCGUCUGGGAUCCGUGAAAUGACAAAGAUCAUCCGUUCAAUAUGGAUAGACAAAAGGAUAUCUGAUUCGUUGAGACACGCUAUCAUAAUUCCCCUCCACAGUUAUCCGUCACGGACCCUUGGAGCUAGGAACGACGAGCAAGCUAGCUUUCGUCCUGGCCGAUCUACGAUUGACCAGGCGUUCAUCGCCGCGUUCGACUCUCCUCACCGAGGUCGUCUUCUCAACGCGCUCCGCGCCGAUGGAGUACCAGGAAAGUUCGUUCGCUUGCUUGGUGACAUGAAUCAGCGAACAAUUGCUGCAGUUCAAACACCAGCCGGAUGUACAACACCGUUUGAGGUGGUAACUGGAGUGAGACAAAGGGCAGGACCCUUCAUGUUCAAUUUCGCCAUCGACGACAUCACAAAGAACAAAGAACAGUAG